UUAAAAUUUUAAGCACUGUGGGAUAAGAACAACUUUAAAUUUCGAAAAAUCAGGACUUUAUUUAAAUUCUGAACAGUCAAAAAACUGAUUGACAAACACAACAAUAAAAUGCAAACUUAAUGCACUAAUUAUUAGCUAAAUAAACAAUUGAUAUCUAUUCAGUUUAAACUUGUAACUUUGUGUUGUAAUACAAGGAAGUAAUUAUCAAUUUUAAAUUCCACGUAUCCAAUAUCAACAGCAAAAUAUUUACAUUAGAAACCUGUGAGACAAUUUGAGGAUUACAAUGUCAAGGUAAAACAUGGCAGUCCCAGGAAAGAAAGCCUCAAAACAAUUUUCAUCUUCAAAAACAUCCAUGGCAUCAGAUGAAGAUCUUCAAAUUUACUGCCAGCCUUGUGACGAGGAAGGAACUAGACUCCCUGCCCAUGGUUACUGCACUGACUGCAAGGAACACCUUUGCCAGACAUGCUUUACAGCCCAUAAAAUAAAUAGGCUUUCCAAACAGCAUACACUUCUGGAUGCAACAAGUAUGCCUAAAGUUUUGCAGCAACCCUCAACAUCCAUUCACACAGGCCUGUGUGAUGACUUGACCUUGUCAUGUCGUAAACACCCAAAAGAAAUGAUCAAGUUCUACUGCAAUGAUCAUACAGAAUUACUCUGCAGUGCUUGUGUUACCCUUGAACAUGAAGCUACUUCCUGCAAAGUCAACAAUAUACCAGACAUUUCUGGUGAUAUCAUAGACAGCAAAGAAUAUCAAGUUAUCUUGAAUGCAGUAAAUACCACUUAUGACACAUUUCAACAGAUAUUAAAAGAUGUCAAGGACAUGACACACAAAUCAAACAGCUCUCUCAAAGAUGCAUUAAAUGACAUUAAAAAGUUUCGCCAAGAAAUCAACCAAAGACUAGAUGAACUUGGAGAGACAGGCUGAAAAUGCAGCUAAAGUCAUAGAACAA